AUGGGACAAACGUUAUCACUAGCCGCCAUUUACUGCUGUUGCUCAGCCAGCAAUUCGUUGUGUCAAUCUUGCUUUGGAACGACUGCGCCAGGAACUACCGGGCGCAAGCGCUCAGUGUUGCUGCUAACUGUUGCCAUCGCAACCGCCUUGUACUUUCAGUAUGCUGUUGGGCCUUCCAUUGUAUCUCAGUCUGGAUGGAUUUGGAAGUCUUAUCGCGCGAUGCCAGGAAGUGGAAAGUUCGUCUACCAAGCUUGGCACGAUGACUGUGCUGAUUUGUACGAAGAUCAACCGGAUUUGCUAGCACAAUGCGCUGGAAAUGCAGGUGUCUACCGCCCGAUGUUUCUGUCCUUCUUCUAUUUUGUUAUCAAUGCCAUUGUUACAAGCGUCAUUCCCCAUUUGAACAAAGAGGCUUGGCCCGCCAAAUAUGCCCUGUUCUUCUUCGGAUUACUCAUUAGCAUGUUUGUGCCAUCCUAUCCGCUCUUUUCUGGCUUUUUCUUAUGGACUGCCAGAUUAGGAGCUGGUGCCUUUGUGAUCCUGCAACAAAUUAUUUUGAUUGACGUGGCCUACAAUGUAAAUGACAGCUUUGUCGAGAAAGCCAACGAGGCUGACCAAUUGGCCUAUGGCAGUGGUUCUGGCUGGCUUCAGGCAAUCAUUGGAGUAUGUGUUUCCCUUUAUGUUGCAUCUAUUACUGGUAUCGGAGUCAUGUUUGCUGAAUACGAUGGCUGUGCCGGAAACACCUGGGUCAUCAGUCUAUCAUUGAUUGCCAUCAUUGGUAUGACUGCCUUGCAACUGUCGGGAACCGAUGGAUCCUUGCUCACUAGCAGUGUCAUGUCGAUGUAUGUUGUAUAUUUGUGCUUUUCUAUUGUAUCCAAGAAUCCAAAGCACGAGUGUAACCCUCGUUUGGGAGAGAAUGAUGUUUGGGGGAUCACCGUUGGACUGCUGUUGACUGUUGUGUCUCUAGCAUGGACCGGAUGGUCCUGGUCCGCUGAAACCCGCCUAUCAGUUGAAUCUGUGCAGACCGCCAAAGCUGUGGCUCCUCAAUCUGGUGAUUUGAAUUUGGAAGUCCCUUUCUUGGAUUCUGAGAAUCAACCAACCACUGGAUUGGUGACCGAACAAACAAGCUCUUCUGAUGAAAGCGCAGAUCUUGGCAAUGUUUGGAAGUUGAAUGUUGUCAUGGCAUUGAUUUCCUGUUAUGUGGCAAUGAUUCUGACCUCUUGGGGAACCGUGAACGGAUUGGACGAGAAUCACAAUGCUGCCAAUCCAACAGUUGGGCAUGUUAAUAUGACUAUUUUGGGAGUUUCCCAAUGGUUGGCGAUCAGUCUCUAUUGCUGGACCUUGGUGGCACCACGCCUCUUUCCCGAUCGCGACUUUUCCUAG